GAGUCCGAGGGACUAUUGCUGUAGAAUUUAUUAAUAGCAUUCAAGGUUAAACAUGACUCCUAGAGAAUUACAAAAAUACGAAGUUCUCUUUUCUCCUUUCGUUCUCUUCUUUUUGAUUUUGACUUGGUUGGCAGGGUCAGGGCCUUUCUCGCUGGGCGAGCGCAUCCGAUUGAUUCUAAAGUCCUUUCCUAAACCACUUCCCGUUCAGUUGCUGAAAGAUAGAGAGAACCUUUCUAAAUGAGAUUGAGUUCCACGAAUAUGCAAGCUAGAAAGAUGCUAUUUGCUGCUAUUCCAUCUAUUUGUGCAUUUAGUUCAAAGAAGAUCUCAAUCUAUAAUGAAGAAAUGAUAGUAGCUCGUUGUUUUAUAGGCUUCAUCAUAUUCAGUCGGAAGAGUUUAGGUAAGACUUUCAAAGUGACUCUCGACGGGAGAAUCCAGGCUAUUCAGGAAGAAUCGCAGCAAUUCCCCCAUCCUAACGAAGUAGUUCCUCCGGAAUCUAAUGAACAACAACGAUUACUUAGGAUCAGUUUGCGAAUUUGUGGGACCGUAGUAGAAUCAUUACCAAUGGCACGCUGUGCGCCUAAGUGCGAAAAGACAGUGCAAGCUUUGUUAUGCCGAAACCUAAAUGUUAAGUCAGCAACACUUCCAAAUGCCACUUCCUCCCGUCGCAUCCGUCUUCAGGACGAUCUAGGCACAAAGUUUAACUUAUUAGUUAGGAGGAAAUUUUGCCCCCAGUGUAUCUCGAAAGCAGAAAAAAUAGAACUCAUUCGAGAGAGCUUGGUGGUCUUAAGAAUAAAUAAGACGAAUAGAAUCUAAUUCAUGUUCAUGCUAACAGAAGAGCGGAUCCAAUACAAUGUAAAUAAUAUAUGCAACUUCUUUCUCAAAAAGUGCUUGCUGCACUUCUUUCUCAUGAAGCUGCUUUGCAAGAAAGGUUUGAGUUCCCUCCGGGGGUUCUGAUAGCCAAUGCUUCCUACGCUCCAGCCCUUAGCCCUUAACUCCUUAGCACAAGCACUAAGUAAGCCCUCCAAGGCCUUCAAUAUCGCACCUACUAGGACUUCAUUUUCGUUUUCGAAUAGGACUACUUCUUUCUUUUCUGUAUGCUAGGGCCGCCCGCACGCUUUAAGGGUUGUUGAAGGUAUUGCACUAAGAAAGACUCCUGCCGUUGCUAUGCUAAAGGUAAGAUUUUCUUUGAAAGCCGCUCAAGCAAUUUCUUUAAGAAGAGCAAGCAAGACAAGAUAAGGCUCGAAAGCUGCGAAGAAAGUAGAGCAGCUCUAAUCGAGCUGUGAAAUCGGUGUGGUGAGGUAUUGGAAGUGUUCAGCGAAUAUAGAUAAAGACACUAAAAAAGAGCACCGUGCUAUACUGCUCCAUAAGGUAAGGAGGGCUUCCGCAAAACUAGGUAGCUUUCGCUAAUGAGAGAUGGAUUGGGGGAUUAGGUCUCCUAAUUCAUGGAAUUUUUUUUCUCUGGAUAAGUUUCUUUUUAAAGCAGCAUUCUCCCUCGACUCGAUCUUGAAUUGAAUUAUCGAUCGAUAGAACGUUGAUCAAUAUUCAGGAAGAGAUCGAGGAUCACAGCAGGAUCCUAUCUGAUCUUUGUCAACACAGGACUCGAAGCCCCCUGCUCAAACAAAAGGCUAAUCCUUCGGAAUUGAAAAUGCCUUUCGUAUUAUAUUAAUUAUAGUGGAGGGGAGAAGACUCAUUUUGAAUUCUAUCUAUAUAGGGGGGAGCCAUUGUGAAGCCUAGAGAGGGGUGUCCAGAUUGAGUAGACACCCGCAUCAGGUUCCGACCCUUCUCUCGAACCAGCCAAGCAGAUAGUCAAGGAAGCUCCUCAGGGCAGUUUGGGGAAUUUCUUUCAGUCUGGUCGUCAGGCAGACCUUUUUCGUACCCAUCUUUUCACUGCAACAUUCUUUUUCUUUCUGUGUCCCAGCCAUCCUUUCGGCUUGUCGUAUUCGAUGCCACCCCCCUUUUGGUGGUAUCGUAUAUAAGAGAGAGCUUUCUUUUAGGUAUGAAUGAUGAUCUUAACUAGAAAUCUCAUAAGAGAAGAAAGAGAGGUAUGUAUUAUUUUCAAAUCACUUUUUUCCCAAACGGUUUAUGCCGCUAAACAGCUCUUAGUCCGCACUUCUCUCGUACAUUCUAAGACCAUGCCAGCCUAAAGAGUCACUCACUCUUCCGCGGUAAAGCAACUCCUGCUGCCCUCAUUGCUGCGUCGAAAGGACUAGGGAGGGGUAUAUAGGGCUAAGCCCAGCAAAAUGCACAUAAUAGGAUAGGAUUCUUUUUCUGUAUAGUAGGAAAGGCCUAUCAAUGACUUAAAAACGACGCCCUUCGUCGAACAAGCGAUUCUUGAACAAUUUAUUCUGUCUAUCAAUUCUCCUCGUCCAGUCACUAUGCCAGUGCCUUUACUAG